AUGCAUAUAGUAAUACGUUUGAUCAUCAACCCAGACCCCAAGUGGGAACAGGCCGAACAGCAAUACAUUAGCCGCAACAAUGAUACGUAUCAGCUGCAGCAACAAUCACAUCAGCCACACCAUGAUCAGCAACAGCCACCUCAACAGCAGCCUUACAACGAUACUUCACUACCCAAACAACACCACCACCAUCCUAAAAAGCAUGCUGGAGAAGGAGACUCUAUCCUAGGAGAUUCUUUGACAAGAGGAAUCAAUACGAGGAACAUAAGAAGGUCAACCAGCAAAAAUGUAAUUAUCCGUACAUUUCCUGGUGCAACGGUUAUGGAUAUGGUAGAUCACAUUAAACCAUCCUUGCGUUUACAACCUGCCCAUAUUAUUAUCCACGUUGGGACCAACGAUUUGAAACCAAGUGAGGUGAAAACCCUAACUGAAAACAUAUCCAAGCUUUGUGAUGAACUUCAGCCCCAAGAUCGACAUCACACUUUCGCAAAUAAUAACUAGAACUGAUAGCCCUGGCAUUAACGAAAAAGUCGCCCAACUGAAUAACCUGCUAAAGGGUCUCUGUGAAGCAAGAAACUUGGGUAUAAUAAUUUAAGCCAGGAAAAUAUCGAUGAAAGAGGCCUAGACAGACUUGGCCUGCACCUUAAUAGGUCAGGUAGUAGUAUCAUGGCAAGAAACUUAAUUAACUGUAUUCAGCAUCUUUAGCAAUUCUAAAUUAUAUAUCUUAGAUGAUCUGAAUUCCAACCAACCCAUGACAAAUAUUAACUUAACCGACAACCCUUUUAGUCUAAUUCCAACAAAGGGUCUGACUUUUUUCCACUUAAAUAUUCAGGCUAUCACAAAUAAAUUGGACCAAGUUAAGCUAUGAUUUCUGAAUCCAUAAGGCAUAGGAAGAAAAGCAACAUUAUAUUUUGUUUCUCUGAAACUCAUUUAAAUUCUAACUGGUCUGAUGACAAAUUGCAAAUUAGAGAGUUCAAAUUCAUUAGGAAGGACCGAACUUAUGCCUCACGUGGGAGGUAUUCUGAUUUAUAUCCCAGAAACAAUUAAUUUUCAAUAUCGCAAUGAUUUCUCGUUACAAGAAAAUAAUUAUCCGCUUGAAUUUAUUUGGUUGGAAUUUAAGCAUCCUAAUUCUAAACCCUUCCUGAUGGCCAUUAUGUAUCAACCGGGAAAUAAUACUCUUUGGAGAGAUAACUUAAACUAUGUAUUAGACAUGGCUGACAAUGAACACAAAGAGAUCAUUAUGUUAGGGGAUUUAACACAAAUUUUCAAGAUAAACAUUCUUAUCAACAACUGCAUAAAACAAUUGACUUUAUCUUUACCUCUAAGGAAGAUAAUGUUAUUAAAUCAGGCGUGCUAGAUAUUGGGAUGAGUGACCAUUUGCCAAUUUUUAUCUCUAGAAAAAUUAAUUCCAGGAUCUCAAUUAAACAAGGUUUACAUACGAUUAGUUAUCGCAGGAAGAAAGAUUUUAUUGCGAGUGAUUUUGGCAAUGACCUUGUUGAAGAAAUCCCAUUAAGCCUUUAUGAAAUCUUUGAUGAUCCAAACAAUCUAUUAGACUGUUGGUACUCUCACUUUAUGACAAUUUUGGAUAGGCAUGCACCUUUAAUAAAACAUAAAGUCAGAAAUAAUAAACUGCCGGGGUGGUUUAAUUCUGAAGUACGUUGCUUUAGCCGCAAAAGAGACUUUCUUUAAAGCAAUUUCUAAAAACCAAAAACUCCGACACAUGGUUUACCUACAAAAUGGAGAAAUAGAACUGUUCAUAUUAUUAAAAAGUCAAAAGAGGACUACUAUAAGAACCUCCUGACUGAUAAUGUACAUAAUCCACGACAAUUAUGGAAAAUUCUAAAAGACAUCUUGCCGACCAAUGACACUGUCUCCCCAAUAACACUUAACAUUAAUGGCAAGGAGAUCAGUGAUCCUAUCGAGGUUGGCGCUCUCUUUAAUGAAUACUUCUCCUCUAUUGCAGACAACUUUGAUAUCAGUUUACUAAACAACCCAAUUAAUACUCAUUUACCAAUUGCAACAAAUCAUAUUAAGUUUACAAUUCCACUGAUAACAAUCGAUGACAUACUAAAUCUUGCAGCCGAAUUAGACCAAAACAAGUCAACCGGUCUAGAUGGUAUUCCUGCCUACUUCAUCAAGUCCUCGAUUCAUUCCAUUGCACCCAUAAUAUUUCGCAUUUGUAAUAUGAGCAUUGAAAAUGGCAUCUUUCCCAACAUGUGGAAGAAAGCUAGACUGAUUCCAAUCUAUAAAGCUGAAACACGUACUGAGGGAAACAAUUACAGGCCCAUUUCUAUAUUACCGAUUCUAUCUAAACUCCUCGAACGACAUGUUGCCAACUCAUAUGUAAAAUUCCUCACAGAAAAUGAUAUUCUAUAGAGAUGCCAGCAUGGUUUUCGAGCCCAUCACUCUUGUGAAUCUACUCUAAUAUUGAUCUGUGAACACCUUCUCGAUAACAUUGAGCAAGGUUUAAUUAAUGGUAUAGCUCUAAUUGACCUCUCUAAAGCGUUUGACCUGGUCGAUCAUAGAUUGCUACUGCAGAAAUUAGAACAAUAUGGCAUUACUCCAAUAGCUCUAAAAUGGUUUAAAUCGUAUUUAAAUGAUCGUUACCAAGUAGUACAAAUUGCAUCAUCCCUAUCCAACCCAGCUCUGAUAAAGUCUGGUGUGCCUCAAGGAUCUAUACUAGGACCAAUUCUCUUUCUUAUCUUUAUUAACGAUUUACCCAGUUACGUUGGAAGUUCUAAGCCUUUUUUAUUUGCCGAUGACUCUACACUAAUAUCCUCCGGAUCGGACCUUCACGAACUUAGUGUCUCUAAAGUCAGAUAUGACCUCAGUGUCCCAUUGGACUAA